ACCUAUGUAAGUAUGUAUCAUCGUAACAAUAUUAUACAGGGUCAACAAUAUCAAUAACAGCGGAACCCGUCGACAACGACAGUAGCAACAACAACAACAACAACAACAACACCACCAACAACAACAACAUCAGUUAACAGCGGUCGCCGAUCGUUCCCGGUUUCCCGUAUCACAAUAAUUCGCCGCCGCCGCCGCCGCCACCGCCGCCACCGCCACCGCCACCGCCGACCGGGCCGGCGCGUUACAGUCGUCGGCGUCGUCGCUCCGGACGCCGCGCAGUCGCCUUCCGCCACACUCGUCCCGACUCCCGACGGCACGUCAAUCAAUACUCCACUCGCUACGACGGUACCUACGACACGUACGCCGCCCGCCAAACGUCGCUACGCGCCAGGUCUACCGCUGCGCACCAUUCAGGCGAACAUCCACACCCACAUCGUUGUUUAGCGUUCGUCGUCGUCGCGGGUGUGUGCUCGGGAGAUAGAAUCAGCGAUAGACUGCGGUGCGAGAGUCAUGGGUUCGUACCUGAACAAACCGAAAACCGACAAGGAAUCCGAGGACGUGGAGAACGACCUGCUCAUGUGCGGCGUCAGUUCGAUGCAGGGCUGGCGCGAAAAACAAGAGGACGCCCAUGUCUGUUUGGUGGACUUUGACGAUGACAUGUCGCUCUUUGGCGUCUUUGACGGACACGGCGGCGCUGAAGUGGCGCAGUAUGCCGUUGAGAUGCUGCCUUCACUGAUCAAAAACGAACUGUUCGAACAAGGUGAAUACGAAAAAGCACUGAUCAAGGCUUACAUGGAUUUCGAUGACAGUCUAAUUGAACCGCCAGUAUUAAGGAGGCUGAGAACUCUUCGAUUGAAAAACGGCAAAACAGAAGAGAGUGAUAAUGGCGAUGUAGAUGAAAAAAAACUUGUUGAGACAGAAUUGGCUGGAAAAGAUAGUGGUUGUACAGCAGUUGUAGCUUUAUUGGUAAAAAAUAAGCUUUAUGUGGCUAAUGCGGGGGACUCUAGAUGUGUGGUGUCUAUUGCCGGCAAAGCUCAUGCGAUGUCAAAAGAUCAUAAGCCUAGGGAUAAAUCCGAGUUGAAGAGAAUUCUUGCAGCUGGUGGAAGAGUUUCAAGUGAUGGACGAAUCAACCAUGGUCUUAAUAUGUCUCGAGCUUUAGGUGAUCAUAUGUACAAGACAAAUAGUUUAUUUCCAAAUACCAAGCAAAUGAUUACUGCUCUACCUGAUGUGCAAGCCAUUGACUUGACACCAGAAAAUGGGGAUUUUAUAGUUUUAGCGUGUGAUGGUAUUUGGAACUCGUUGUGCAGUCAGAAAGCAGUUGAUUUUAUAUCAAAUCGUAUUCAUUGUCCUGACGUCAAAUUAUCAUUAAUUUGUGAAGAAUUAUUUGAAGUAUGUUUGGCCCCCGAUACACCAAAUGCUGGAGUUGGCUGUGAUAACAUGACUUGUAUCAUUGUGAAGUUCAAACAUCACCAGAAACGUUCACUUACGGAUGAUGUAGAAGAAGAAUCUGAUCUCGUUACUGACUGUAAGAAACCUAAAUUGGAUGUGACAGCACCUGAAUCUGUAGAUUAAUAUUGCAUCUAACCUUCAAUUUAUCCGUGAGUCACACGCAUGUGACUAAUUUAAUUAAAAUUCUCUCGAUGAUUCAUUAUAAGAUUAAGGUAGACAAAUUAUAUUGUAUUUUUCAUAAUUUAAAUUUCAUUUUUAUUAGAGUGAAUUUUAUUUAUUUUAAGUAACUAAAGUUUUAAUAACUUAUAUUUAAUUUAUUUACAAUAUAUUAUAUUAUAUUAUGAGGAUGCUAUGCCCGCAUGACAUGUUGUUUCUGUCACUCUAAUAUUAAACAUUUGCUUCAAAAUGUGCUAAAAUGUAUUCAUCUGUAAGAUGGAGUUAAUUUAUGCGGUUAUUUAUCAAGAGGAUGCUAACCUAUCUGUUGAUUAGUUAUUUCUUGUUUUUAUUUUUUAUUUUUAUACAUAAUUAUUAUGUAAUUUUUUAUUAUAUACUUAGUCAAUUUAAAAAAAGUGCUUUUUUGUUGUUUAAUUUAAAUAAUACAAAUCAAUUAUUUGAGAUAAAAUAAAUAACGUAAAGAGUGAUCCAAUGAUAUUCUAAAUAAAUUUUACAGUUAGGCAUAUUUGAUACUUUAAUAUUAAAAAUGAAAAAACUGAGUCAACAUUUUUACCAGUGUAUAGCAUUCUCAUAAUUUAGUUAUUCAUAAGACUUAAUAAUAAGUUAUUUUUAAGUUUUUGAUUAUUGUUUCUUUGAUAUAAGGUUAAUUUAUUAUUAAGUCCAUUGUAUUUUAUAUACAGGGUGAUCUGUUUCAAGUACUACAUUCAUUUUAAGGUUUUUAACAUGUCAAUGUCUUUUGCGACUGUCAUGAGUUAGGUAAUUUUAUAUAAUAAUUUACAAACUAAAUUGAUAUAUUACUAAAUAGUAUAGGUAGUUAGUUAAAUUGUUUACUGCAGUUUAAUUAUUUAUAGUUAAACAAUUUUGGUCUUAAGCUUUAUUUAUCUAGUUAGUUUAACACAGAGCUGUUUUACUUUUUUUUCUGAGUACAUCUUACUUGAUUUUUUUAUUUAAAAUAAUAUUAAUAUGGCUUAGUUAUUGCUUAAAAGAAUACAUACGCACACCAAUGUAUAAUAUUAUACUUACCUUGUCAUUGGUGACACUGAGCAUUUGGCUCACAUUUUUGUUAUUUUGGGAACCAUGGCUUGUAUAACCAUGGCUAUUUUGUUUAUAUAGAUAUUUUUAGUAUGCUCAUAUAAGUUACUAAUAGAAAGAAAUAUGUAGAAAAUAUCUAAUCUAUAAAUAAACUGUCCAUGGUAUUACUGUGCAACGUCGAAAGUACCGUAUUUGUUAGCGUCGCGCUCGCACUGGGAUCUGCGGACAGUUAUUUUAGCCAAAAUAUACCAAUCUUUCUUCCAUCAUACUGAUCGACUUAGUAAUGCGAUAAUGGUUUUAAAACUGAUUUGGAUUCGUCUUUAUGUCUACUUAAGAUCGGUCAGUCCACACUUUUCCCAAUUUCACCCUUCCAACAAUAAUUUAAUAUGUGAGCAAAAUGCUAAAACGUCACUAAUGAUGUGAAAAUAUUUGCGUCACUGAUGACGGGUUAAAAUAACAAUCUUUUUUUAUACAUAUUAUAUACAAUGUGUUUUUGGUAUUUCAUAAAAAAUACAUGCAUUUUGAUCAUAUAUAAACAUACAAUUUAAUUUGGUUAUAAUAUUUUAUUUAAAUCAAACACUACUGGCAUUAUAAUAAGGAUCUAUUUUAGAAAUAAUUUUCACCAAUACAUUUUAUUUAUUACUGUAAUGUGUAUACUCUAUUCAAAAUAAGAUCGGUAAUCGGCUGCCAACUUAUGCACAGGGAUGUAGCUUUGUUCCAAAGCACUGGCCUAGCCGUUGAAUAGGUUGAGUAAAUGUCUGGCAGUAUGUCUGACCACUGUGGACAAAAACUUGUCGCUAACGACUACCAUUCCUGCUAUGAAUAGAGUAUAUGCACGAAGCCACUACUCCCACAUGCACUUGCAAUUCCAUUUAUAUUUAAAUGUAAUUAUGUUUUUAAUUGUUCUUUAAUUGAUUUUUAAUUGUGUAUAUAUAUUAAUUGUAAGUUUUGAGCCUCACAACUAAAGAAAAACUAAUUUUAUAAGUACAAUUUUACAAAAUCAUCUAAUAAUGAUACCGGUGUAACCAUUUACCUGUUUAAAACAGUGCAAAUUUCAAUAUAAAUUAUGGGGAAUAUUCUAUUUCAUACUCACCGUUAUGAAUUAUAAGGGCUCAGAACUCUGAUUUUUUUUUUUCAUUAGACGAUGCUUUCAAAAUAAAAGUUUGUUUUAAUCUAGAUUUGAAAAUCUAAUCAACUUAUUUACCUAUAUUAUGUAUUUUACAACAUUUUUUUUUUAUUUAAAUUCAUUUUAAACUAAAUUCUUCUAACUGAAAGAAAAAUCACCACGUUUGUCAAAUUCAGAAUAAAAAAAAUUAAUUUUUAAUUAUUUUUAAACUAUUGACAAAAGAUUUGUACAUUGUAAACAUAAAAAAAAUAUUUAUGUUAAUUAACUUUCAUCAAUAUAAAACUAUACUACUAUUUAA